AUGGCUGAAUACGUCAACUACCUCAAGGAGCGGGCGUUCAACGAGCCGCGGCUCAUCGCUGCCGCUGAUGACGUCGAUGAGGUUGUGGGUGAGAGCCACGCAAGGCACAACGCAAGUGUGAUGCCCAUGGACGGCGUUACCUUCUUCAAUUUGGAUGAGCUUGACCACGACGAAAUCCGCAUUGCUACCAUGUUUGUGGCUCCAGCCAAGUCCUAG